AUGGCCGAGAACGAUACUGCCAGCGCCAACAAGGCUUACUUCAAUAAGCUGGCAGCCGAGUACGACGCAAAGUACGAAAAGACUAUUCUGCAGCUCGAAAAGGAGAUUCGCAAGCGCAAGGACUUUAUCGGCGCAGAUUGGGUCAUUGACGACGACGAUGAUGAUGACGACGACAGUGAGAACGAGAGCGCAGCACAGCCGACGGCGGCGAAGGGUCGGUCUGUGAGACUUCUUGAUUACGCUUGUGGAACGGGCUUGAUUUCGAGGGCUCUCGCGCAGUUCACGACGCAUUGCGUCGGCAUAGACAUUUCGGAAAACAUGGUGGCGGCCUACAACGCCCGGGCCGAGAACCAGACCGGGCAUCCAAGUGGAAAGUGA